GCUGCACACAGCCGAUCUGGCCUAACCUGUAUGAGUGGAUGUCAUCCCAACAAGCAGGUGUGACCGCUGUAGCUCGGGGUUGGUGGGCGGACCCCUGUGGCUCACUGACAACCCUCCAUUUAAGCUCCGCUCACUUAAAACACCUCAAUGUUCUCUUCACGAAACUCCCUUUGCACUAUUCUCCCCCUCCCCUCCCCCUGUGUGCAGAUAAUGCUUGAGAUUCAAACAAUGAGCACAGUGUUUCAUAAGCUCAAGGCAAGUGGCCUCAGCGUGCUAUUAACAGCACGUUUAUAUGGGACUCGGAUUGCUCAACAUAUUGUCUGUUGAACCUUAAGCUUUCCUGCAUCUGAUUGCGGCCGUGUUGGAGAAACAAGGGUCCACGUCACCAAAGUGCCUGCUAUUGUGCCAUAAAACUCCUAUCAUUAUGGAAAGAUAAUCUUUUUGCACUAUGGAUUUGCUCUCCGGGGUCAAUUCAGUGAUAUGGCUGUGAUUUGAGACCAGUUUGAUCUUUUUAGGCUGUGACAAAUCUGGCAGCGCUUAUUGGUAAUCGGGCUCAGGGCGAAAUCUCCUCUAGUUCAGUCUGUCUGAAGGCAGACUUCCUGUCGUGUCUCAUUGUGGUUGAUUACCAAACCUCCGGCUGGUUGGAAGUGUUGUUUGUGGCUCUGGUUGCUGGGAGGAGUCUGGUGAUCGUUCAGCAGGCAGCUGAGAGCGGUCUCUCACUCUCACCUGGAGAACAAAGGGACGCUGGCAGUGUGGCUGUGAGGGGGCAUCUGAACUCUGUGGAUCUGACAAUGGCUUCUCAUAGUGCCUUGGAGGUGUAUCAGGAGAUGGUCCUGCUGUACCUGGAGGAGGGCCGGCGGCAGGUCAACUCGCGCUGCGUGGACAUGGAGCCGUGGCAGAUCAUCGGCGCCACGGUCCUCACCACACUGGGAGCAGUCUGGAUCAAAGGCUUCUUCUUCCAGCAAGAAAGUCUCCCGUCCAGAAUCAAGAAGCUGUGCUUUCGACUCAUCAGAAAAAUACCCUUUGUUGGCGCAAAUAUCCAGAGCCAGCUCAACAAGGCUUUGGUGGACAUGUCUGCCAGUCUGUGCACGUUGAAGGAGGGGAUGAGCUACACCAAGCAGCUGCCCUCCAAAGGCCUCUCACAGAGCCAAGUGCUGGACAAGAUCCGAGAGUAUGAGACUCUGAAUGAUGUGCAGUGGGAGAAGGGCUGUGUUUCGGGGGCUGUGUACUGGGGCGAUAAAUCUCUGACCAGUCUGCUGGUGAAGGUUUAUGGAGAUUUCGCAUGGAGCAAUCCCCUCCACCCAGACAUCUUUCCUGGUGUGAGAAAGAUGGAGGCAGAGGUUGUCCGGAUGGCUUGCACACUCUUCCACGGGGGACCCAACUCCUGUGGCACAGUUACUUCGGGAGGAACUGAGAGCAUUCUGAUGGCCUGCAAGGCGUACCGAGACAUGGCGUAUGAACGCGGUGUGAAGUACCCUGAAAUUCUGGCACCUGUGAGCGUCCACGCGGCCUUCGACAAAGCAGCGCAUUACUUUGGCAUGAAGCUUGUCCACGUUGCCCUCGACAAGAACACCAUGCAAGUAGACGUGAAGGCAAUGAAGAGAGCCAUCAACAAGAACACUGCCAUGCUGGUGUGCUCGACGCCUCAGUUUCCUCAUGGAAUCAUGGAUCCCGUUGAGGAAGUAGCAAAGCUGGCUGUGCGCUACAACGUCCCGAUGCACGUGGACGCCUGUCUGGGAGGUUUUCUCAUUGUCUUCAUGGCCAAGGCCGGUUACCCACUCUCCCCGUUUGACUUCAGGGUAAAAGGUGUUACCAGCAUCUCUGCUGACACCCACAAGUACGGGUUCGCCCCCAAAGGUUCCUCAGUGAUCCUCUACAGUGAUACAAAGUACCGUCACUACCAGUACUUUGUAGCUCCGGACUGGCAGGGGGGGAUCUACGCCUCGCCCUCUGUUGCAGGCUCCAGGCCGGGUGGAAUCAUCGCCGCCUGCUGGGCGACCAUGAUGCACAUGGGGGAGGACGGAUACGUCAAUGCCACCAAGAAGAUCAUCAGCACGGCACGCAAAAUCCAAAAAGAAGUCAACAAGAUACAGGGUGUGUUUGUUUUUGGGGAGCCAGAGGUGUCCGUGGUGGCAAUAGGCUCAAAUGAUUUUGAUAUUUUCCGUCUGUCUAAUGCGCUGACAACAAAGGGCUGGAACCUGAACACACUGCAGUACCCGUCCAGCAUCCACAUCUGUUGCACAGUUCUGCACACGCAGUCGGGCGUCGCUGAUAGGUUCAUCCGUGACGUCAAAGAGCAGGUGGCCAUCAUCAUGAAGAACCCCAAGGAGAAAACCACAGGAAUGGGGGCGAUCUACGGCAUGGCCCAGUCCAUCCCAGACAGAUCCAUGGUGACGGAGAUCUCCCGAGGUUUCCUGGACUGUCUCUACAGCACCGAGGUGGCCAAGUCCAACACCAGCCACAUGAACGGCAACGGCAAAGCCCACUGAAGCAGGGUGGGGCCGCCCUGGCCCCCAACCCCCUGCUCGCCUCCUCCAGGAGCCCCCAAGCGAGCGGCUCAAAGGUUGCCUUAUCUUGCAUACAUACACCAUACCGAAAGCCUCUGCAGAGCUCUUCUGAAGCACAAGCCAUUCUCAUUUAAAAUGACGUGUAACAUUGUGCCUAAAUGGCACAGAGAAGAAACGACUGGUUCCAAACGAGGUUUAGUCUUUAAUUUUAUCCAUGUGGUGGAUUUUGUGGUUUCAUGUGUUUGAAAAGUUCAUUUCAAUUGUGUCUUUUGUUUAAUGUGUAUGUCUGUCAUAAUCUCAACCCAUUCCUUUUUUUUUUUUUGAUUUUUUUUUUUACUCCCCGAACAUUUCAGCUUGUUUUCACCAUCUGUGAUGACUCAGCAAAAAAACAGACCACUGAAAGCUUGUUAGCAAAGCUAUGCUGCCCUCUAUCAUGAAAGCAGAGUUACUCCUUAUUACUGACCGUGUGGGGAGGAGGCCUGACGGAGCUGAAAGGAAUCAUCAUCCCCUUCAUGCCAUACUUCUCUGAUGGAAGCAUUUAUUGUAAACUUAAAAGCAAUGGAAUACUCUGAAAAAGUCAGGUUAACCUGUGAAUCACCUGCUCUUAUAGUAGGCGUUUGUCUGGAAGUAUUUGUUGGCACUUAGUGUGAUGAUGAAACAUUGUGGACAUAAGGAGAGAUUUUGAUAGUGUGAGAUUUUAAAUGUCAUAUCUAAUAAAAUUUGUAAACAGCCCAUCAAUAUUUAGAAAGUGGUUUGUAAAUCCAUAGCUAUUUAGUUGCUUUGGUUACAUUUCAGAUUUUCUCAGAUUUGGUACUUAAUCAAUUUAACCUCCCUUAACUAUCCGGACUGAAGGCUUUACUCUCUUACAAUUGAUCAAGAAGCAGAAAUUCAAUAUUUCCUUCAUGGACACCCAUCUACCACUUCAAAAAAUAAUCAAUCAAGUCUCCUAAUACAAACUACCUCGGUUUCUUCUCAACGCAUACGUAAUUUAUUCCUCCGCUGCAUCCUGAAUGCCCCUUCCCCCCCCCUUCCCCCCCUUCCCCCAUUUCUAUCAUAAUGAACUUCCCAAUAUAAGGGCAUUUAACAGAAGUGUUCUUAGAUACCGAUACUGAAUGGAGGACCAGUGUGAUGGUCCCGUGUUGGGAGAAAGCCGGUCUGCGCUGCCUGAGUGAGGCUUUAUUUUGGUAAAUAUCCAUUCAGCAGGAUAUUUACACGCUCAGUAACAGAUUGGAGCUUAACGGUGCGUUCUGUAACACCAAAAUGACCUUCUUCCAUGUGCUCUCCUAAUAUUGCUUGUUGUAUUAGUGUAUUUCCUUUAGACUAAUUCCAUGUUUGUGCAAUAUAUAACUUUUCCUUUGACGUGAAAGCGCAGAGAUUGCUAUAUGAAUGUUUGAGAAGUCAUUAGGAGUAUUUUGUGACUGCUUAUUGGCCUUGUUAUUGUAAUUUAACAAUUCGUGUGACCACUGGGUGUUUUUGAUCACUUCAUUUAAAAGUGUUUGUUUUUAGCUUUUGUGUUUACUGCUAACGUUUUAAGAGUUUAGACAUGAAUGUUUGGUGGAUUUUAGUCAGUACUUUAAAGGACUGAUAGACAUAAGAUUCCCAUUGGUGAUUGAAGCUUACACUAUAAGUCCAUCAUUUAAUACUGUGCUUAGUGACAGGGUGUGGAAACCUUACCCAUGCAAAAAAACAAGACUUUCAACCAUCACUAAUAUAUUGUGGCAAUUGAACGGUAAAGAAUCUCUUCUGAAUAAAGCGUUAAAGCCGUCAUUACAAACCGUAAUGCAGGGAUUCUAAAUGGUGACAUGAUGAAGCAAUAAUGAGUGUUUGCCUCUGUGCCUUCGGAGGUCUGGACUUAUGAUGUCAUCGCACCUUUUCUCUCCAACAUCCUCAGGGAUGUGGCUUUGCAGCUGCAUCAUUAAGCGCCGCUGGUCUUUCAAACAUGCACCUAGUGGACCAAGUAACCCUAAUGCAGACAAACUGAACCUUGCAUUGCUCUUUGAAUGGAUCAUUCUGCUUUUGAUGUCAGAAGCCUUGAAAAACAUUCUGAUCAGUUUUUUGGAGUCCCGUAUUGCAUUUGACUGUGCAAUUUUUUUGACUUCUGUCCACCCCUGAACACGAUUUCAUCCUGUAAGCUCCUGAAUGUACAAGGUUUAAAGAAUUGUUCUCUUUUCAGAGUACAUGUUUGAAUCAAGAAGCACCUGCCGGUUUCCCUAUAGCCAUUGAACGCUGACCACAGCAGAUGUCUCAUGUUUUCAAUAAAAUGCAUUUAGUCUGGUAA